CAACAAGAAUUUUGACAAUGACAUUUUAUGAUUUUUAUGUUAGAGAUUUCAUUGAGAUUUUUUAUUACAUUAAUUACAAUAAUUAUUAAAUGACUUGAGAACUUAAAAGUAUUAUGCUUUCAAAAUUACACUAAACAUCAAAAUGUUAAGUCUGGGUGUGAUAUUGGUAUAGAAAUUGUACCUGUACGUUACAUCACCUUGAACAGAAAAGGUUAUAAACAAUAUAAAUAAACAUGAAUCGUAGUCGUAUUUUAUCAAAAAUAUUUUGGCGCCAUAGACCAUUCAGUCAAAUUGAUUAUGCAAGACCAUGCUCAGUUACACUGGGCACAAAUCCUUUAAUAAUAAGAGAACAAUGCACGGUAAUACUGAAGGACAGUUAUAUUAAGAAAUUUAUGAAAGCUGUGGGAUGGAUGGAUCAAGAAAGAACUCGUCUCAAACUUACUGGAUAUUUUCUCUAUGAAUGUGUGCCAGACAAAGUGGCAUACGCUGAGUGGUUUGAGGAUCUUGAGCUUCCAGACACGUUUGCCUCGUGGUUCAUGAUCACAGAGUUGCAUGUAUGGCUUUUGCUGGUGAGGUACAUGGCAGAGGAUGCCAUGGCAACGGGCACAGAUAAGAAAAAGUAUGUGAAAGGUGAUGGACAUUUUGUGAGAAACUGUAUAAUUGAAGCAUUAUGGGCAGAUGUUGGAAAUAGGAUAAAGCUACUGGAGGGAGCAAACCCAGCUAUAGCAAGAAACCAAGUGACAGAAUUAUCGGAACAGUUCCAAGCAUCCUUAGUAGCUUAUGAUGAGGGUCUUUCUGAUGAUAAGGUCUUAGCCGGCGCCGCCUGGAGGAGGUUCUAUUCUCUCUCUGAAGAUGUUAAAGCUGAACAUGUAGCCAGGAUUGUUCAUUUUAUUAGACAUCAGUUAUCUAUUUUGGACAAAAUACCAAGUGAAGACUUACGGUGGAAACCACAAAUCGAUUGGUUAAGUAUACGUAAUCAUUGAUAUUAGCUGUAUUUUUUUUUGUUAUUUAGAAUAUUCUAGGGUUGUUAAUAAAUUAAGUGAAAUUAUUUAAUAUUUAAA